AUUUUUAUCGUAGAGCAAAAAAAAUUCCAAUUUACUUGAGAUAAAGAAAGCAUAUAUUCGAUUAUUAAAGUCAGAAGCAACAAUGGGUCAUCAUCAUCAUCAGUUAACCGACCCACUUGUCACUCUUAGUAGUAGUAGUACUAGUUGUAAAAGUUUCUUCUUUUUCUUGUCUUUUUCUUGCAGAAUUUGUCAAUGGAACCUUUGAUCUUCAAAAUCAGGCUUCUUAUUCUUGCUUGGGUGCAUUUCAGAUCUCGUUCAGGUCCAAUAUCCUUGGUGAAACACUUCUCUAAUAAAGAUAUAAAGAAAGCAACUGAUGGUUUUAGGAGAAUUGUGUACAACUCUUCCAAAAGAGUUGCUUACAGAGCAAAGUUUCAAAAUGGCCAUGCUGCGAUUGUGAAAGAAGUCCGAGUUUUCGAAUAUCAGGAUGAUACUGCCUUCUACAGGGAGGUACAAUUACUCGGUCGCUUGCAUCAUCGACAUAUUGCUGCACUUAAUGGGUUCUCUUGCGGCCCUAAGAGGUUUCUAGUCUUUGAAAAUAUGGAAAAAGGAAGUCUGAAGGAACACCUUUCUGACCCUCUGAUGACCCCAUUAAACUGGAGGAUAAGACUGCAGAUAGCAGUUGGCAUCGCUGCUGCUUUAGAAUAUCUCCACUUCUUUUGUGAUCCACCGAUGUACCACAUUUCAGUCAGUUCAAGUACCAUCAUGCUGGAUGAGAACUUCACAGCUAAACUCUGUGAUGUUAGCCUCCUUUGUUCUGUCGAAAACAACAAUCCACUUCCGAAGUCUAAAUGCUCCAAAGAAUGUAGAGAUGACAUCUGCAAACAUACAAUCUUCCAGCUUGGUUUACUGAUCCUCGAGUUAGUCACCGGUCAAUCCUCAGAAGAAGGAGGUGUUGACUUAGUUCAAUGGGUUCAAGAUUCUCGUUUCCGAAGAAGAUCCAUUCACCAGAUGAUUGAUCCUGAUCUCGGAGACAGCUACGAUUUCAAAGAGCUUAAAGGUCUUCUGGCAGUUGCUAAAAUGUGUGUACAAUCUAUUCAUAUGCCUACAAUAAAGACCCCUCAAAUUUUGUGGUAUCUCCAAAAGAAACUGGGCAGGACUCAAGUAGUUUGCUGAUGACCGGAGUCAUCUGUUUCCAAGAUGUUCACAAAUAUAGAUCAUAGAUUCUGUGAGUAGACAUAUUUUUUCUUUUCUGUAAAGCUAUGUUGCUCAGACUCUUCAAAAAUAUCAUCGGGGUGCAUGUCGGAUUCUCCAAAACUAGUGUAUUUUUUAAGACUCCGACAUGCGUGCAGCAUCAAAACUGAAGAGUCCACACAGAUUAGUCUGUAAGUAGUCUGCUGCUUUUUGACAUUGAUUAUGAGAUUAAAUCUCUUCAUAGAAAAACAAGAUCCUCUUCAACCAGACCCUUGUUGAGUAUUUACAUACUAUACUAGAUCAACAUCCAAAAUAAGACCCCUGUUAGACUGCUACAGCAUGUUGCCCAGUUACUUUUGGUCAUCUUGUAAAAAACAAAUAAGAAACAUUCUGCAGAUCUUGUGCAAUAUUAAGUGUGAAUAUUUUUACACUUAAGAUUAUUA